AUGACCAACCGCCGUACCGCAUCGUCGCGGGCUGCUGAUAAUCGGUUUGGCCGAGCGACCAACGAUGAGCGUGACCGUGGGAACAGAUGGUCUACGCAAAAUAUGAGUUCGCUUUUGAACAGCUCCCACACAGCUUCGCGUCUGCAAAUUUCUCUGUCGGACAUCAUGAUUGCUUCCGGAUCCAGUGGCUGUGUCCCCUCAUCUUUGCGCAAAUUUUACCACAAAACACUCGAAGCCGGCCAGUUACAGGAACUAGUCCCCUGUAUAUUGGUGAAUCACGCAGAUGAGGAAUUCGAGUAG